UCGUUAGUACGAAGAAGAGCGAGAUAUACAUGCAUCUUACCUUUCCUUCUAGUAUCUCUUUCUUCCUUUCCAGUUUUCGUUUGUUCGACUUUAUUAGUCCGCCAUCUAUUGCCAUUGCUGUCUUUAACCCCACGAAAGCAAGCGACCUGAACGCAUCGCCAAUGGUGCGUCGACCGAUUCUUCACGCCCUGUUCCACUCGGUGGCCUCGUUAGGCUAUAUCCCUUUCGCGCUCACAUCCGUCCUCGUCUCUUCAUCAACACCCUUCGUAUCGAUACCCUCCAUCGGCAUCAUUCUCGUCGCCUUUAUUCCUCCUUUGACAUCCUUUCCCCUCCUCUGCUUCUCAUAUCGAUAUCUAGAGCGGUUCGAAUGCAUAUCAUUGACAGUUCAACGCGCCAGGACUUAUGUUAUGCUGGCAGGAUCCGGCCUCUGCUUCUUGGUAGCGACACAUUUAAUGAUGGUACAUUUACUGGCGAACGAACAUAACACCAUGUACCAUCAAAUACCAGACUCUUCUUCUGCUCAGCCCUUUCAGGUGUCCCAACCGGUUACUGUUGCACCGGUGGUGAUCCAAACGGACGUUGGACAAGGAAGUACAGAUGUAACAGCUAGAGAUAAGGAUUCUGGCACUGCUCAGGCCAUGCCUCUUGGGAUUUCAGAGGGUUCGAAGGACACGCUGCAGAAGACAGAGCCAUGGCCAUUGUCGUUCUUGUCGGGCUACUGGAUCAAUGUACCGGUUCAGGAAGUUCAGGGGAUUCAGGAGCAGGAAUCUAUUGGUGAAGAUAGUGUACCGCUAAUGCAGGAUCUAGAACCAGUGGAUCGCCCGCUUUUCAAGACACUUGUGCCAACACACCUAUUGAACCCAUCAACCCCUGUAACCUUGAGACCCUCAGGCACCGGGGAAGAACCACAGCCACAGCAGCAAGAGCGUGACAUGGUGUCCUCCCAGAAGCAACAGCAAUUAUUCUUCAUUGUUGAACAGCCAGUGGCAGUAUCCUCUGACGAGAUUCAGGUUGUCGAUACACAUGCCUCGCUGCCGAUCCCGACUACAGAUCCACCCACAAUUGGGCUACAGUCUUUUACACCAGUGCCAUCAGAGCCCCAAAACUUCCCUAAGUCAACAGGACCUACAAAUGCAGCCGCAGCCAUCCGCUUCCACGCUCCCGUCACCGUGUCUCCAGAACCACCACUCCAUCUCCCUGAUGACAACAGCACAUCAAGAAUAUCUGGCGCAUCAACUGCUGGACAUGUCGACGACGGCGACGACCCGUUCUUCCGGCGCUCUCAAGAUCGUUCUCCCGGAUACAACCUCGCAGGUCUCCACUGGCUCAUCUACUUGGCCUUCCAAGGCAUACUCACCUUCUUACUCAUCAUGCUCUUCCUGGGGGUCCUGAUCCUGACAGAGUACGUGCUUGACCGCGAGGAUGAGGAUCUCGAAAACUUGACGGCACUGUUUUGGGCCCGGGUGAUUGGAAUCGCGAGUGCGACGAUUGCGAGUGCAGCUCAUGGAUCGUUGUUAAGUGGAUAUGUGUUGCUGGAUGGGACGUCGGAUUGGAUAGCCAAGGCGACCGUGGGUAUGAUCUGUGGGUAUUGGGGGAGCAUGGUGUGGAUCAUGAACUGCGUAGCCGGGCCGCUGCCCUAUUGAAACGAGGAAGUGAGAUAGGGGUCUCGGUAGGAAGAUUGGGGGAGAGGGCAUUCAAAUACAUAUACAUGUCUGCAACGUAUGACCAUGGCUGAUUUGGCAAAAACGAAAUAGUCCAAGAGAAAGACGCGACCGUCCUUACUAUUCACAUGACUGAGGAUGGCUCUUGCCUGACCAAGAAAAUAAGCAGGACGACAACCUGUUCGGUGGGAAUCAAGGAAGAAUAUAAU